AUGUAUUCUCAACAUGGUGCUGUCAUGGCGCCUCCGCAGAAGCCAGAGACCUUCAUGCUAUCAAGUGAAGCUCAGCAAAGUUUGCCGCAAGAUGCUCAGGUUGCCCUGCAGCAAGUCGAUAACUUAAAAUAUUUUUUAAUAUCAGCGCCUGUCGAUUGGACUCCAGACCAACUCAUUCGGCGCUUCCUUCUGCCGACAGGAGAUUAUAUUUCGUGUGUGCUCUGGAAUAACCUCUUCCACAUUUCCGGUACCGACAUUGUCCGCUGCCUGUCCUUCCGCUUCCAAGCUUUCGGACGUCCCGUCAAGAACUCGAAGAAAUUCGAAGAAGGCAUCUUCUCCGACCUACGCAAUCUCAAAUCUGGCACUGAUGCCUCGCUCGAAGAACCCAAGAGCCCGUUUCUGGAUUUCCUAUACAAGAACAAUUGCAUCCGUACACAAAAGAAGCAGAAGGUUUUCUACUGGUAUAGCGUGCCCCAUGACCGCCUGUUCCUGGAUGCCUUGGAGCGCGACUUGAAAAGGGAAAAGAUGAACCAAGAGGCCACCACAGUAGCUGUUGCAGAGCCUGCUUUGUCCUUUGAAUUCGACUCUUCCCAGUCGCUCUACGAGCAGCUCACCAAGGCGCAGCAAGCAAACUCUUCAUCUUUUCCUGCACACGCAAGUACGACAUAUGGCCAGUCUAAUUCUCCUGUCGUUCGGACCGUUGACGCUAUGCCUCCUCCCCAGAUGGCCCCAUCGGCAAUGCAAAUGCUUCCCGAGGACCCUGGGAAUCAUGUUAUGUACAACCCAGUGACCAUGUCGAUGAAGCGCGAGGGUGACUACGUUCCGAUUCAAUAUGAGCGCAGCGGCAGCAUUCCUAUCAGUCGCAUACACCAGCGCCACACAUCGAUGCCUGCCUAUAUGGAAUACUCGCCUGCUCCUUCCUUUGUCUCCUCGCAGUACGAAGACUACAGCAACCGAGGCCUCUCUUUCGAGCCCAUCACCCCGCCACAACAGGCUCUUCCUCUAGGUGCCGAGCCUGCCUACAUUGCUAAUGAGGAAACGGGUCUUUACACGGCUAUUCCCGACGUCGGGUCAGCCGCCUUUAAUCCCAUGAUGCAGUUGCCACCCUCGAAUUUGUCUGGUCAAAUGGGUGCUACUUCCCGCCACUUUUCCGGAAACGUCUUUUCAGUAAUUGAAGGCUCUCCAACCUACAAACAACGCCGACGACGCUCUUCUAUUCCACCAAGCAUCACCAAUGCCAUCGCUGCUUCCCAGGCCUCAGGCGCUCAAAACCAGCCAACAGCCUACGCUGCAUACAAGCCAAGUGAUCUGAGACGUUCAGUUUCAAAUUCCGUUGGUCCCGUCACCGAAGCCGACGAAUCAGCUCGCCAAUCUCCUUCUAGCGGUCUAGCCAAUGGUCUGUCAUCUACUGUUGCAUCGCAGAAGGACUUGCUACAUGAGAUUUCGCGGACUGGUUCUCCAUUGCCUAAUUUGGAAGAGGGCGUAGAGCAGACCAUGUCGCUUAUGCAGCAGCAAGAUGAGCUCACAGCUCUCGCGAAUCACCAAGCCGUUGAGGCGUCGGUUUCACAUAGUGUCAUGGGUCGCAUGGAGCGGCCUGGUCCUGUGCGCCGUGCCCGAAGUGCCACGAUGAUGGAACUAGGCCCUUACCCACAGAAGUCACAUUCUUGCCCAAUCCCAUCUUGCGGACGUCUUUUCAAGAGGUUAGAGCAUUUGAAACGGCACGUGAGAACCCAUACACAGGAGCGACCAUACCCUUGCCCCUAUUGCAACAAGGCCUUCUCCCGCUCUGAUAACCUGGCACAACACCGUCGUACACACGAAACGCAGCAGGAUAAUCAACAUUUCCAACAGCCGCUGAGCGACGAGGACCUGGAAGCAGAGGAGAAAGAAUUCGGUUCUCUCGAAAAUGAUUCGCCGACAUCGGAUGUGAACCAUUUUGUCCAUCCUAGCGUAGUGAGCAUGCCCACGAUGUCACAGAUGUCAACACCUUCCGCUAUGACGAUGCAAAACGCCAUGCCUUCCAUGGUCGCCCCGCACAUGAUAGCUGCUCAAUAUCUACAACAGCAUAUUUGA